GGCUUAUUGGAAUUCCUCUCAUUGUUGUCGGACACAUUGCUCGAACUCACGCAUCCUUCACUAAACACUCACUUUGGGAUCCGAAAACCAAUUAUCCUUCAUAUCUUCGAGUGGAUUAUUGAUUUUUUACUUAAACAAAAAAAAAGAAGAAAAAUUUUGCCGAGUACGUCGAAUACUCGAAUACGAUUGAAUUCUUUUAUACAUUCAAAUGGCGUUCGAUGCAAAGAAAUCGCUGGGCUCUUUACAGGGUUCCGCCAGUCGUGCUCAACAAAAAUUGAACGCUCAUUUACCUGCUGAAUUUCGAGAUGGUCCUAUGUACGAUACAAGGGCUGUAUACGGAAAUGGACCUCGUUUGAGUAUCCGUCAUGUCGAUGUUUCAACUUUACCACCUCCUCCCAAACACUUUUCCCAAUUGAACCCCAGUAUGUCACGUUCAAGCAGUCCCAAUAAAACUGCAUCUUCUCCCUCUAAACCAUCCUUUGCGACACAAUCUCCUAGCUUAACCAGUCCAUCUCCACCUAUUCCUACCGUAAGCGACUCUUCAAGACGUAGCUCUCGUGCGCCACCACCACCUCCUCCUGUACGCUCACCAUUGGCUUCUUCUUCUACACGAGAAGAGUCUGGUACUCUACCUCCACCUCCUUAUACUUCUUCUUCCUCCGUACCUUCUCCUUCUAUGCCAUCUGCUUCUACAAAAAACAGCUUUCCUGCGCCGCCUCCACGACGUUCAGCUCACAAUUCAGGAGUAAACACUGCCCCUGCACCUGGAACCUCAAAACCCUUGAAAAAACCACCUCCACCGGCACCUCCCAAACCUAGACGUUUGAUGUCUCGGGACAGUACUCCUUCAGCAGGAUCAAUGCCCGUCCCUCCACCAAUCCAAAGAAACACGCGUCCUCCUAUAUAAAAAUGCCAGGUCCGUUCUUUCAUUCCCUUUUAUAUAAAUUUGUGCACGGCUUAUAAAAGCGAAAAGGAGGAGAAAAAGGUUUGCUCAACUAAUCUGAGCAACAUUUCUCACGACGUUACUAUAGUAAAUGUUCCUAGGAUUCUUCUUUCUUUUUGUAUCGUAAUGACCUGUUUGUUUUUAUGAAGAUACAGUGAAAUGUCUUUUAUUUUCUCCCGCGAACAGGAUGUUUGUUUACUCUAUGACCAUCGGUGAAACUGCUGGAUUUCGUAAAUCCUAGUUCACCUUGACUCUAUAAUGAUGAAAUUUUUCCGCACGAUGUUUCUUUUGUUUUGCUGUAGUUUUUUCGUACUUCGUUACUUGUUUUGUUGUUUCUUAUUAAAAUAAUUCAAAAUACAUGCUGCUCUUAUCCAACUUCACUUGAUGAUUUCCUUAACUCUGGGUAGGAAAUAUCAAAUUUCUUUUUGGUUUAAGAUGGGUAAUUGUGAAAUGUUAAGUAGAAUUUAAUAUCAUUAAAUUGUUAGAAUCCGUA